AGGAGAAGCCGACUGCCUCAUAUCAAAAACAAGCAGCUAAGUUGCGUUAGCUAGCUGCCCGAUCUAACGGGAGACAGUUGGCCCGCAGCUGGCCCCAUCCUCACCACAACUUUUAGCAAGCAACUUCUAGAGCAACACAAGCCGCGGAGGGUCAAUUGGAGAGGGCGACUUCCUCCCAGAAAAGUCAUGGCGUGUGGAGCCACCCUGAAGAGGACCAUGGAUUUCGAUCCAUUGAUGAGUCCCACGUCCCCGAAGAGACGAAGGUGCAUCCCCGUGUCCCCAUCCUCCUCAUCCUCGUCAUCCCCCAGGAAGUACCUUCGCAUGGAGCCCUCGCCAUUUGGGGAAUCGUCGUCAAGACUUACUGCAGAACAAAUCCUCAGCAACAUCAAGCAGGAGUACAAACGUAUACAAAAGAGGAAGCAUCUAGAUGGCUACCAACAGUCAGAGUGCUGCUAUUCUCCUGAAUCCCCCUCCCAGUCGUCUAUUAUGAGUGGCUCCAGCAUGCCAGGGACAUCCUCUGGAGGUGUUUCUCCAACUAGGAAAGAACAACCAUUAUUCACCCUCAGACAAGUUGGGAUGAUCUGUGAACGCCUGCUGAAAGAAAGGGAAGAGAAAGUGCGGGAGGAAUAUGAGGAGACAAUGACUUCAAAAUUGGCAGAACAAUAUGACACCUUUGUGAAAUUCACACAUGAUCAGUUGAUGCGGCGAUUUGGGGAGCAACCUGCAAGCUAUGUUUCCUGAGUGUGGCACAGAAAUCUUUGCGAGACAACUUUCUCUUGCUGCAAGCUAUCAAGUGACAUUUCGAGAGAGAAAGAAGCCCAUCAAUGCAAGAGAUUCAGUUUAGCUAGUUUAAAUGAAACUUUUCUUACUGUGCCAUAUUUCUGUCUUUGGGCAAAGGUUUAUAUGAAGCCGUUGUCAGUGGUUUCCACUCUGUUGUAAGCAACUAGGUGCUUCCUAAUGUAAAUUUAUGGACCCUAUCUUUACCAGUGGCCUAUGUUUCUCCUGCUGUACGUGUAUCUACAGUUAUCUCACUUUUGUAAUGAUUCCCGGCAUUCCAGGCUUUGUUAUUCAUUGAUUUCUUUAUGUUACAUGUAUAUAUGAUAAAGCAAUGUAGAAUUUUACAUAAGGUUUGCUGGUCAAUCUGUAAGCAAGUGGAAGAAACAAGUUAGUUUAACUGAGAGAAAGCGUUUGCAGUUUGCCCCCAGUUAAUUGCUUUGGAACUGAGCAUAAAGUGGGCUAUUUAGAUUUUUUCCCCUUUCCCUAUCAAUGUUUUAUUUAUUUUGACAUUUGUUUUCCUGGUAUUACUUUUAAACCAAUGUACUUAGUGGAAAAACAAACAAUAAAAUGUUUUAAGAGUU